CCAACAUCCGCUACCCGCAUGGUUGCUUCGCCAGCAACAAGAUUACGAUAGUACCAUGCAUGACCCUCUGCAAGCCGUCAAGCACAAAGUUAGCAGAGCUAGCGAGAAGACAAUGUCAAAAUCCAAAGCGGCUAUUGACUACGCCCACCAAGCUGAGCGCCUCGGACAGUGUGCUCCAAGUCAGGAAGACAAAACCACCGGCUCAACCCAGGCCGUCGAAGCCAAAUUCAUUACAGCCCAAGACCCCGUAACUCAGACUGCAGACGGUAGUCGACUACCAGCAGCACCUGUUGAAGAGGCUACCAAACUCAACAAACUAAGAGACAUCAUCAACGACCGCGACCCAUCUCAAAACGAACUCGUGGAAGUGGAAUCACGAGAAUCGAAAGAUAGAUCAAUUCAUAGUGCGCAGCCAACUAACAGGCACCCGAAAGAUGAAGGAGAGGCCGAUGCCCCUUUGCGCAAUGCUAUCCCCCCGUCAAGAACGAAUCCUCUAUUUCCCCCAAUGCCAAUUUAUGGUCCCCCGACUCUGCUUCGACGAAUACAGUGCACGAUCUUCAGAAUAUCUUCAGCCAUUUUGUCUCUUUGCUUUCUUGCUGUAAUCAUACUAGGUGCAGCUUUCACAAGCAUCCCUCUCGCGGCCAACCAUGUAUGGUUACGGCUCACUUUUAGAAAUCCCGAUAAGAAAAGACCCUCCUAUCAAGAAGAAGAAAGGCGCCGAAGAGUGCGAAAGGUCGCAGAGAGGGCCUGGAAGAAGCAAAAGACAGGCAACAGUAGUGCCAGUGGGGGUGAAGAAGGGAAAGAUACAGAUGAAUUUAUUCCUCUGGAAGGAGGGCCAGACCCAAUUCCCUGUGACGUUCGCUACUACGCUCGCCGCGUCGGGCUCGACUGCGAGAUCUUCGACGUCCAAACGGAAGAUGGUUUUAUCAUAGAGCUAUGGCAUCUAUAUAACCCCCGCGAGUACCAGCGAACAAACCGCUCUCAGCGCUCUCCGCACGCUCCAGAAGUCUUCUCAAAAGUCCCAGCCGCCAACUGUUUUACCAACGGCGCACCAGGCUCGCAGUAUGGACAUGGUGAGAAGAAAUAUCCAGUUCUCAUGAUCCAUGGCCUCCUUCAAUCAGCAGGCGCCUAUUGCACGAACGACGACGACAGCCUCGCCUUCUUCCUCGCCAAAUCAGGCUACGACGUCUGGCUCGGCAACAACCGCUGCGGUUUCAAGCCCCGACACAACCUACUCAAAUAUUCAGACCCGCGAAUGUGGGCUUGGAAUAUCCGGCAAAUGGGCGUCAUGGACCUCCCCGCCCUCAUCUUGCGCGUCCUUUCCGAAACCGGUUUCGAGAAACUCGGCCUCAUCGCGCACAGCCAAGGCAGAACACAAACUCUCGUCGCGCUCGCGAAAGAACAACGCCCGGAAAUCGGGGAGAAAAUCAGCGUCUUCUGUGCUCUGGCGCCGGCAGCGUACGCAGGCCCUUUAAUUGGGAAAAUAUACUUUAAGUUCAUGCGUGUUAUCAGCCCCGGCAUGUUUCGCACGAUUUUCGGCAUUCAUGCGUUUAUACCAUUUAUGAUGACUAUGCACUCUCUCCUCCCGCCUCGUUUUUAUGGGGCGAUGGGGUAUCGUGUUUUCUCUUUCAUGUUCAAUUGGACGGAUGACCGCUGGGAAAGAGAUCUAAGAGACCGCAUGUUCCAAUUUGCACCUGUUUAUGUCAGUGCAGAGAGUAUGCGCUGGUGGCUCGGUAGAGAAUGUUUCGCAAAACAAAAAUGCAUUCUCGCAACGCGGGAGGAGAAAAACAUCGAAGAUCGCGAAGAUGAGCAGGAGGAUCAGAAACUCAACCGGUCGAGUGAAGAAUCCUCGGAUGGCGAAGACGAAGACCCUUCUGGAACCCGUACAAGCCAGGGGAAUGAAGCCAGCGCGCCUCCUUCACAACCAGAAAAUAUUACGGGCAAGAAAAUCCAGCACCGCAAUACAGACCGCGCCCGCUACGCCUGGUACGGACCCCAAAUCCCUCCUUUCGCCCUCUGGGUUUGCGGCGCAGACGACCUCGUCGACGGCCGAAGACUCCUGCGUCGCUUCGAGCGCAACCGAGAGCCGCAUGUCGACAUUGUGCACUCCAAGGUGAUCGAAGGCUACGAGCAUCUCGACGUUAUAUGGGCUAUGGAUGCGAUCGAGAAAGUCGGAAAAGAAGUGCGAGAAGUGAUUUGGAAAACCGUGCCCGUGGAUGCGAGAAAGGUUUGCAGAGUGCCCAGUGGGUGUGGCGAGAUCAGGGAGUUUUACCAGCGAAAGGUGAUUAGAGAGAACGCGACGAGGGAGGUGGAUACUACAGCUAGGGAAUGGAGUCUGCGGGGUGCAGAACAGGCUGUGAGAGGCGAUGGGGAAGGGGUUAGGGAUUUGGAGGCGGAAGUUGAAGCGUAAGAACGGGAGCUUUAAAGAUUUUUAAAUUUUACAAUAGAGCAGUAUAUUUUAUUAUACUAAUAGUAGCAUAGCGUUCGGAGUAGGUUCAGGCUAGCUAGUACGUAC